GCUAGGUUGGGCGUGUGUCUGGUCUGCUUCGCUCAGGCAUCACUGUUCUACCCGCUGUUCCUCCGCCCGGGUUCAUCCGCUGUCUCCGGGGAUCGGGUGGCCCGGAGACCUAGUACUGGCCAGGAGAGCUCGGGAACCGCGGUCGGAGAGAGGCGUGCACGCAAGCCCGGGCGGGCUCUGGGAAGCCGGCUGCGUGUGGCCCAGGAGGCAAGGGUGGACUCACCGCUGUUUGGGAGUCAGCGCGCCGUGUCAGGAGCUGCUCCAUCAUGAGAAACCUGAAGUUACUUCGGACCCUGGAGUUCAGGGAUAUUCAGGCUCCGGGGAAACCUCAGUGCUUCUCCUUCCAAACGGAGCAGGGCACAGUGCUCAUUGGCUCAGAGCGUGGACUGAUAGAAGUGGACCCUGCCACGAGAGAGGUGAGAAAUGAAGUUGCGUUAGUGGCAGAAGGCUUUCUCCCGGAGGAUGGAAGUGGCUGCAUUGUUGGUAUUCAGGACUUGCUGGAUCAGGAGUCUGUGUGUGUGGCCACAGCCUCUGGAGACGUCAUCCUUUGCAAUCUCAACACACACCAGCUGGAAUGUGUUGGGAGUGUAGCCAGUGGUAUCUCGGUCAUGAGUUGGAGUCCUGACCAAGAGCUGGUGCUCCUUGCUACAGGUCAGCAGACCCUGAUUAUGAUGACAAAAGACUUUGAACCAAUCAUGGAACAGCAAAUCCACCAGGAUGAUUUUGGUGAAAGCAAGUUUAUUACUGCUGGAUGGGGCAGGAAGGAGACCCAGUUCCACGGAUCAGAAGGCAGGCAGGCGGCCUUUCAGAUGCAAAUGUUUGAGACUGCUUUGCCGUGGGAUGACCAUCGACCACAAGUUACCUGGCGUGGUGAUGGACAGUUUUUUGCUGUGAGUGUUGUUUGCCCAGAGACAGGGGCCCGGAAGGUCAGAGUGUGGAACCGGGAGUUUGCUUUGCAGUCAACCAGUGAGCCUGUGGCGGGACUGGGCCCAGCUCUGGCUUGGAAGCCUUCAGGCAGUUUGAUUGCAUCCACACAGGAUAAACCCAACCAGCAGGAUGUUGUGUUUUUUGAGAGAAAUGGACUUCUCCACGGACAUUUCACACUUCCUUUCCUCAAGGAUGAGGUUAAGGUAAAUGAGCUGCUCUGGAAUGCAGAUUCCACUGUGCUUGCAGUUUGGUUGGAAGAACUUCCAAGGGAAGAAAAUUCUGCUCUAAAAGCCUAUGUUCAGCUCUGGACUGUUGGAAACUAUCACUGGUAUCUCAAGCAAAGUCUGCCCUUCAGCGCCUGUGGGAAGAGCAAGAUUGUGUCUCUGAUGUGGGACCCGGUGACCCCAUACCGGCUGCACAUUCUCUGUCAGGGCUGGCACUACCUCUGCUAUGACUGGCACUGGACAACUGACCGGAGCGCAGGAGAUAGUUCCAGCGACAUGGCAAAUGUGGCCGUCAUCGAUGGAAACAGGGUGUUGCUGACAGUCUUCCGGCAGAGCGUAGUUCCACCUCCCAUGUGCACCUACCGCCUGCUGCUCCCAGAGCCUGCAAAUCAAGUCACCUUCUCCGCGCACCCUCGAAAGAGUAAUGACCUCGCUGUCCUCGAUGCCAGUAACCAGGUUUCUGUUUAUAAGUAUGGUGAUAGUCCAAGUGCAGAUCCCACUGUGAAACUAGGAGCUGUGGGUGGAAAUGGAUUUAAAGUUUCCCUUAGGACGCCUCAUCUGGAAAAGAGAUACAAAAUUCAGUUUGAGAAUAGUGAAGAUCAAGAAGUAAAUCCACUGAAGCUCAGCUUUCUCACCUGGAUCCAAGAAGAAGGCUUCCUGGCCAUAAGCCACAGCCCGGCCGGCCCACAGUCUGUUGUUUACUACCUGACUGUGGCUUCUUCCGAGACGGACGACGAGCAAGGGCAGCUUGCUGUGAGUUCAUCUGUGACAGUGGAUGGGGUCAUAAUCAGCCUGUGUUGCAAUUCCAAGACCAAGUCAGUGGCGUUACAGCUGGCUGGCGGCCAGAUACUUAAGUACCUUUGGGAGUGCCCCUCUGUGGCUGUUGAACCCUGGAAGAACCCAGGCGGAUUUCCCGUUCGGUUUCCUUAUCCAUGCACACAGACUGAAUUGGCUGUGAUUGGAGGGGAGGAAUGUGUCCUUGGUCUGACUGACAGGUGUCGUUUUUUCAUCAAUGACAAUGAGGUUGCUUCAAAUGUCACAUCAUUUGCAGUAUAUGAUGAGUUUUUAUUGCUGACAACUCAUUCUCAUACCUGCCAGUGUUUUUGCCUGAGAGAUGCCUCAUUUAAAACAUUACAGGCAAGUCUGAGCAGCAGUAACGUGUCUAACGGGGAAACUCUGCGGAAGGUGGAGAGGGGAUCGCGCCUUGUAACUGCUGUGCCCCAGGACACAAAGCUGGUAUUACAGAUGCCAAGAGGAAACUUAGAAGUUGUUCAUCACCGAGCCCUGGUUCUGGCUCAGAUUCGGAAGUGGUUGGACAAGCUUAUGUUUAAAGAAGCUUUUGAAUGCAUGAGAAAACUGAGAAUUAAUCUCAACCUGAUUCAUGAUCAUAACCCGAAGGUGUUUCUUGAAAAUGUGGAGGCCUUCAUAAAACAGAUAGAUUCUGUAAAUCAUAUUAAUUUGUUUUUCACAGAAUUGAAGGAAGAAGAUGUGACGAAGACCAUGUACCCUCCGCCAGUUCCCGGCACUACCCCCGUGUCCGGGGGUCCUGAGGGGAGGAAAGUAGACCUCAUCUGCGAUGCUAUGAGAGCAGCCAUGGAGAGCAUAAAUCCUCACAAGUACUGCCUGUCAAUACUCACCUCUCAUGUGAAGAAAUCAACCCCAGAACUGGAAAUUGUGCUGCAGAAGGUCCACGAGCUUCAAGGAAAUGCUCCCCCUGUUCCUGAUGCUGUGAGUGCUGAAGAGGCCCUGAAGUAUUUGCUGCUGCUGGUAGACGUGAAUGAAUUAUAUAAUCAUUCUCUGGGGACUUAUGACUUUGAUUUGGUCCUCAUGGUAGCUGAGAAGUCACAGAAGGAUCCCAAAGAAUAUCUUCCAUUUCUUAAUACACUUAAGAAGAUGGAAACUAAUUAUCAGCGGUUCACCAUAGACAAAUACUUGAAACGGUAUGAAAAAGCCAUCGGCCACCUCAGCAAAUGUGGACCCGAGUACUUCCCAGAAUGCUUAAACUUAAUCAAAGAUAAAAACUUGUAUAACGAAGCUCUGAAGCUGUACCCACGGAACUCGCAGCAGUACAAGGACAUCAGCAUUGCCUACGGGGAACACUUGAUGCAGGAGCACCUCUACGAGCCAGGGGGGCUUGUGUUUGCCCGCUGUGGUGCCCACGAGAAAGCUCUCGAUGCCUUUCUGGCUGCUGGCAGCUGGCAGCAAGCACUCUGCAUGGCAGCCCAGCUUCGCUUGGGCCAAGACCAGCUGGCCAGCCUCAGCAGAGUUCUGGCAGGAAGGCUGGUUGAGCAGAGGAAACACAGUGAGGCAGCCACAGUAUUGGAACAGUACGCGCAGGAUCAUGAAGAAGCUGUGCUCUUGCUGUUAGAUGGAGCGGCCUGGGAAGAAGCUCUGAGACUGGUAUACAAAUACAACAGGCUGGAUAUUAUAGAAACCAACAUAAAGCCUUCCAUUUUAGAAGCCCAGAAAAAUUACAUGGCACUUCUGGACUCUCAGACAACCACAUUCAGUCGUCAUAAAAAACGUUUAUUGGUAGUUCGGGAGCUGAAGGAGCAAGCACAGCAGCGUGUGCAUCUGGAUGAUGAGGCGGCCCGUGGUCAAGAGGCUGACCUCUUCUCUGAAGCCAGCAGUGUCGUGAGUGGCAGUGACAUGAGUGGCAGAUACUCCCACAGCAACUCCAGGAUAUCGGCGCGAUCAUCUAAGAAUCGCCGCAAAGCAGAGCGCAAGAAGCACAGCCUCAAAGAAGGGAGCCCCCUGGAGGAGCUGGCGCUUUUGGAGGCUUUGAGUGAAGUGGUUCAGGGCAUGGAAAAAUUGAAAGAUGAAAUACGCUGUAUUUUAAAGGUGCUCUUCCUCUUUGAGUUUGAUGAGCAAGGGAGGGAACUACAGAAGGCCUUCGGAGAUACUCUGCAGCUAAUGGAAAGGUCCCUUCCAGAAAUCUGGACUCUCGGCCACCAGCAGAACACAGCUACACCUGUUCUAGGUCCCAAUUCUACUGCAAAUAGUAUCAUGGCCUCUUACCAACAACAGAAGACGUCAGUUCCUGUUCUAGAUGCUGAGCUUUUUAUACCACCGAAGAUCAACAAAGGGACCCAGUGGAAACUGAGCCUUUUAGAGUGAGGGAUCCUAAUCAGGAGGACUCUGCCGGAGAAGACCAUCUUUCCAUUCCUCACUCCUUGGGGCCUGGCUGCUGAGAACUGAGAACUGGGAGGAGUAAGACGAUGACCUACCUACCUACCUGCUCUGUCCAGCAGACCUCUGCAGACACCAAGCAAUUCUAUUCUACUCUCUUUUGUUUUGCAUAGAGUUUUAAUGAGCAGAACUUUAAUCUUUAACCAAUAUAGCAUCAUUGUGUAAGAAUUACUCUUAUUUAGUUCUAUGGAAGAGCAUAUUUCUGAUAUUUAUGGUGAUCAGGAGAUGUGGUUUUAUUCCCAGUUACAGGUCAGAUUCAUAUUGGAACCUUAGAUAAGUCACGUAAUUAAUCUGUGCCUCAGUUACUUGGGAGUAAUGAUUCAUGGCUUCUACCUCAAACAUGUGAAGAAAAGUAAAAUAAUGUUUUAUAAUUGCUUUACAUUCCCAGAGGAGAGCAUUACAUAUCAACAACAUGGCUGUUAGUGCAGCUAAUAUUUAGCGCAUUUAAUCACUCACGUGACUUUUUCACUUUGAACUAAAGCAGAAUAAAAAGCUAAGUACAUCCUUUGCAAUCUCAAGGUUUUCUACGUUAGCUGUUAUUUUAUAAUGUCUUACCUGGGCGUGCGCUUCCAGUUAUAACUGGGUUGAGCCUUCUCUUACUACAACGUCCACAGGGACUUCUUUUCCCUGCCUGUGAGUUUCCUGCUGGAGAGUCAGCAGAGCAGAUUAGAAUGUCUGAGGCAGCGUCAUGCACAUUUGUUACGGCGAGCUGUGUCCGUCUCACAGCAUGCGCAGUUGUAAGUCGCUCCUUUUUCUCCAAUUAUUGCUUCUUUUAAUGUGAUAUUUUUGUCAGUGUCUAGAGACCAUUUCAUUUAUUUUUCUAUAUGGUACUUAGCUGACCUCUGUCUUUUAGUUAUUUCCUUUGAAAGAAAUGAGAGUGUUUUCUCAUUCUGGUCUGUCUAGAACAAGCUCUUUCCAUUUUGACAGUAGUUUUGUGGCCGAUUCUUAGGUAAGGGUGAAAAUUUCUUCCAUGCCUUUAAUACCAGAACCAGACCUUCAUUACUAUAUAUAAACUAAUAGGAAAUGCUGCUUUUGAUUCUCAGAGUAUAGCUAUAUCUGGAAUGGUAAUGAAGACUUUUCUUCAUGUAGCAAAAUGUUAGCUGUAGAAUCUAGGUGUGUUCACUGUAUAAUUCAACUUUUAUGUGUCUGAAGAUUUUCAUAAAAUAAUAGAAAAAAAGAAGAUAGAUAUAUUCUGCUUUGGAAAAAUUGACUUUUUGACUCAUCCCCAUAUGGAUUUGCCGCAAUGAAGUGCCCAACACUGAAAGACUGGAAGUGCUUUUGACCCCCUUGGGCAUGGGUAAAUGAACAUGGUGACUGAUAUUGCAUCCGGUAAGUUGUAGUGAAGGGACCUGAAGAAUAGGAAAUACAAGGAAAUGUGUCUGUUGAUCAUAGUGUGACUUCAUGGAUGAUCAGUUUCCUUAAAAUAACAUGUAGAAGCAACAA